AUGAACAGAAAGUAUUCCAAAAGAGUAGGAGGAAUAAACUCGUUUUACACCAAGGGGACGAAAAAAAUCCGAGGGAAGUUUCAGGAUAGGCCUUUAUCCAAUGGGCAUGGGGCUCUGGUUAGAAAUACCAGGGCGAACAACUUCUGGAAAAGACGAACAACAAAGUAUCGAACAACCACCAAGAGAAGAAAUCACUUCUUUAAGAAGACGCAAAAUUUGCAUGACAAGAUAGGGAAACUCACCUCCAAGGAUCUGGAUGACGAAUUGGACAAUUACAUGGGCUCGAGCAAUGUGAAGUCAAGACUAGACAACGACUUAGAGUCAUAUUUUAAGAACAGCGAAAUGUUGCAAGUGGAUGGAAAUAAAGGAUUCAACAAAGUGGCCGAGUAG